CAAUCAGUAGCACUCGAGACAUCGACGCGCGCGCACGUCUCCCCGCCAUCCGCCUUCACAAUGUGACUCGCUCAAAUUGACGAAACCCAUCGAUUUAUUGUCAUAUUUUUUUAGUGAAAGUGAACUGUGAUACACAAAACGUUACAUUCCAAAAGUGAUAAUGCGUCGUGUUAAAAUGAACAUAGACCCCGAUUUGGGGGAUCUAGAGGAGAUGCUGGCUCACGUACAAACUCAGCUGGAAAACGAGAUAGAUUUGGAGAUGGAGAGCAAAAUGACCUCGCUGAUCAACGUCCAAGAGUCCCCAAAGAUGGUUAAGAGGACCAGUUCCUUCAGCAGAGGCGAAAGUUUUGAAUACAGACGACCAGCCCCAAGACCGCCUUUAGCUAGAAUUAACAGCGAAAUCAACUCGGGCAGUAAAUCCCUAAACGGGGAGUAUGGAGUUUUAGAAAAAUACCACAAUCAAAAUGGUCGCGGAUCCCAAACGAGUCUAAAGUCAGAUGAAAUGGGAUCUCAGAUCUCCUUUCAAUCAUUUCGCUCGGAGCCUGUACAACGACAUUCUGUAUUAAGUCUGCCGGAUAAGAGAGGGUCGUGUGCGUCUCUCAAUGGGAGACAGAAGACUGCAACGCUGCCGAGAGGAUAUGGUUCGAGUAAGGAGAAGAAUUGGGAGGAGUAUUGGGCACACGAACAAUCGAUAAGCAGCGCGCGCGCCUCCGUCAUGGUGUACGACGACGGCCUGAAGCGCUGGGUGCCUUCAGGCAGCAGCUCGGGGCUGUCCAAAGUCCACAUCUACCACCACACCCAGCACAAUACCUUCAGGGUUGUUGGGAGGAAACUCAACGACCAUGAGGUGGUGAUAAACUGCGGCAUCGUCCGCGGGCUCAAGUACAACCAGGCGACGGCGACGUUCCACCAAUGGCGAGACGCGCGACACGUCUACGGCCUCAACUUCUCGUGUCGCGAGGACGCGGACAGUUUCGCGAGGGCCAUGAUGCAUACACUCGAGAUUCUGGCAAACAAACCGAUCGGAAACUCAGCGCCGCCACCCCCACAACCGCCUAAUCCGCCUGUACCUUUUAAUGGACACAACAACACCCAACACUACGAUGAAGAUAUGGGGUACAGAACGAUGACGCGCGAAGACGCAGCCAUACUGCAACAACCAGCGUACCACGCGCCGCAGCACCAGCACCCGCAGUACCACCCGCCGAGCCAGUACCACGCGCCACACCACGCGCACCAGCAACCAAUCCCGGGCGCGGCGGGCGCGCCGGCCCCGCCCCCCCACGCUGCGCCCGCGCACGGCACGCCUGCGCACGCGCACACGCACACGCACACGCUGCCGCACCAGCCCUCGCAGCCUGCGCACACGCACCAUCGCACCUCCAGUGCGCCGAUGCCGCCUAAUAUGUGCCUAACGGCAGCGAACAAUGGCCCGCCCGCACCACCGCCCGUGCCGCCGCAUCAAAAUCUACCCGCACCUAAUGGUCCCGUAGCGCCACCAACGCCCCCUGCCGCGCCUCAACCACCUCCAGCGCCGGCCGCCCCGCCAGCGCCCCCCGCCCCCUCAGCCGCGGGUCCGCCCCCGCCCCCGCCCCCGCCCGGCGCCGCAGUGGCGUCCCCGCCCCCGCCCCCUCCGCCCCCGCAACCCCCGCAACCCGACCUGUCUGGGCUGGCUGCACAGCUACAGCAGGCGAGGCUCAAGCGACAAGCCAAGCAAGCGGUGGCUGUCUCGGCCCAGUCGGACGCCUCCCCGCCGGGCGGCGCGGAGCACUCGGGUUCGUCGUCGUCUUCGGGCGGCAGCGCGCGCGGCAACAACAGCAACCUGCACUGCAUGAUGCACGAGAUGCAGCGCACGCUCGCCCGCCGCCGGGCGCAUCUCGACCGCGCCGAGGAGUCAUCAGGCGAUAACAGCGCCAACUCCACACCUCUUAAAACGUGGGAGCGCGCCGCCACGCUACCACACCGCCUUCCUAACACCUGUAACGGCACUACGCCCAAUUCCGAGUCGCCAGCCACGCAAGCGCCUCAAUCGCCGCGUUCGGUGCGCAAGCGCUUCGGCUCCGCGAGCGAGGAGACUAUACUUAAGCAAGUGAAUGGCGGCGGUGAAAGUGGCGGCUACGUGUCAGCGGCCGAGUGGGACGCUUUCAAGCAAGACAUGCUGCGUGAGAUGCGCGCGCAGCUCACACAGAUCAAACGCGAGAUACUAGACGCCAUGAAGGCGGAAUUCGCGCGCAGGUAAAGCACGCCACGACGCAUCGAGUGUUAACUAGUCCAUCGCAGCCGCAUACUGGUGAACAACGUGUUUUAUCCCGCUCCCUCCUACUCAACUAGAGCAGGACAACUGCGUAUGUUCGUGAA